CAACGUUUCAAAUCAUGAUCACAUGGAAGCAGUCGGACAAGCAAAAGCUGAUAGUGAUAACUAGAGUUAGCCUAUUUGCGUUACGAAUUCAGAUUUCUAGAUGAGUAAGAUAUUGAAGCGGUUAAGUGUCCUUGAGUUUCCUGAAUCAUCUCGUGUGGCACUCCAGUACCUGACAUCAUGCUUCACAUCCUCAACAGGAGGGGCCAUUCCUGGACUAGGAGGGGGAGCUGAGAACUUUGCAGUGGAAGUUAGUCAAGAAUAUGUAUUGUUUAAGUCAGCUACUGGCAGAACAAGAGGACCACAAAAGAAACUGAAUGCCAUUCAGGAGCUCCAGCUGCUGGAGAUGGUGUGCAGUUGUCUACAGGGGGCGCCACAGAGCUCUCGGUUUAGCAUAUUCAGUGUGAUUUUUGGUGGAAAUAUUGAAGUAUCAAAAACUACCCUCCUCACGAAAUUGGUUUCCAUGGCGCUCUCCAUUGGCAGUGGAGCAGUACUGGACUGUGCUGCUCUUUGGAUGCAGGAACAAGGCUGCCAUAGUAGUACUGUGUGUGACUUAGUGCAGCGACUGGUGGAGGACUACUGCCUGUUGUUCCCAGAGAUCAGCCAUACUUUCCAAACACUGCCCAGUGUCUCGCCUCUUUUCACCUGCAACUUCAUCACAGCUGUGGCAACCAUAUAUCCAUUUCAUGAAAUCUCUCGAGCACCCCCACCAAUCCUGUUGGAAUACAUCACUAACUGGGUGUCUGGUGAUCCAUGUCUGUGUUCCGAAUCUGUUCGUCUUGUCCGCAUUCAGGCCAGUUUCUCGUGCCCAUUCUAUGGACUAGUGCAGUGGUGCACUUUAGGACAAAUUCUAUGCAUAACUCAUCAUGAACCAGAUCCAUCACCACCUAACAAACUGCACAGUGAUAAAACAAAGACGUUCUCAUUGCUUUCCAAACUACACUUCAGUAUCUUACAGAGCUUUCAGGCUUACAAAAGCAUGGAGCUGAACCAGGAACUAUUCCACAUGUCACACUUUUUAUCAAUAGCCAGGGAGCUCGUUAGGAUUUACCAGCUCAGUAAAGAUAACAUACCGGAGGAGGAAUUUCAAACAUUAGUUGAUCGAUUGGGACAAAUAAUCCAGGUUGCUAUAGUGACAGGUGGACUGAAGUUAACAAGUGGUAAAGAAAUCUUAACACUGUGUGAAAUCUUACCGCAGAACAGAUUACUUCAGAUCAUUGCAAGACCUUGGACAACCCAACCCAUGGACACAUCAUAAUUCACACUAUUGCCUUUGUACAUAUUCAUUUUUUUUCUGAAUUUCAGCGCGUAAUAAAUUUUCAUGAAACUCUUUG